CCCCACCGGAAGUGGGCAGCCGCGCGCCUGGAAGAACCGGCCGAAGCGUGGCGGCCACAGACUGUGGGUACCGGGUCCGAGGGACUCGCGCUUUUCUCUCCGUGCCAUGGCGCCAGCGAAAGCCACGAACGUGGUGCGGCUGCUCCUAGGCUCCACGGCGCUGUGGCUUUCGCGGCUCGGCGCCGGGACGGUCGCCGCGUCCAAGUCGGUGACGGCCCACUUGGCCGAGAAGUGGCCCGAGACCCCGCUGCUGCUGGAGGCAAGUGAAUUUAUGGCAGAAGAAAAUGAAAAAUUUUGGCAGUUUUUGGAAACCGUAAAAGAAUUAGCAAUUUAUAAGCAAACAGAAUCAGAUUAUUCAUAUUACAACUUAAUCCUGAAGAAAGCUGGACAGUUUCUAGACAAUUUACACAUCAACCUCUUAAAGUUUGCUUUCUCUAUAAGGGCAUACUCCCCAGCUAUUCAGAUGUUUCAGCAGAUUGCAGCUGAUGAGCCACCACCAGAUGGUUGUAAUGCAUUUGUGGUUAUUCAUAAGAAGCACACCUGUAAAAUUAAUGAGAUUAAAAAGCUGCUGAAGAAAGCUGCUUCAAGGACUAGACCUUAUCUAUUUAAAGGAGAUCAUAAAUUUCCUACAAACAAAGAGAACUUACCAGUGGUGAUUCUGUAUGCUGAAAUGGGUACUAGAACAUUUAGUGCAUUUCACAAAGUAUUGUCUGAAAAAGCUCAAAAUGAGGAAAUUCUGUAUGUUCUUCGCCAUUAUAUUCAGAAACCAAGCUCACGGAAAAUGUACUUAUCUGGGUAUGGUGUGGAGCUAGCAAUUAAGAGUACAGAAUACAAAGCACUGGAUGAUACCCAAGUUAAAACUGUGACUAAUACUACUGUAGAGGAUGAGACGGAAACAAAUGAAGUUCAAGGAUUUCUCUUUUGGAAACUAAAAGAAAUAUAUUCAGAUCUUAGAGAUAAUCUGACAGCAUUCCAAAAAUACCUGAUUGAGAGUAACAAACAAAUGACGCCUUUGAAAGUCUGGGAACUACAAGAUCUUAGUUUUCAAGCAGCUUCUCAAAUAAUGUCCACUCCAGUUUAUGAUGCCAUUAAAUUAAUGAAAGACAUUUCACAGAACUUCCCCAUAAAAGCCAGGUAUGUUAAAAAGGAAGCAGUCAACAAAGUGAAGAGAAAAUCUAUAGAAUGGGACAGAGAUCUUCAAGAUAGAUUUAAAAUUCAGCCAGGUGAUGCUCGUCUAUUUAUAAAUGGCCUUCGUGUUGAUAUGGAUGUUUAUGACCCUUUUAGUAUUUUGGAUAUGCUGAAAUUAGAAGGAAAAAUGAUGAAUGGCCUUCGCAAUCUUGGGAUCAAUGGGGAACAUAUGAGCAAAUUUUUAAAAUUAAAUUCACACAUUUGGGAAUAUACUUAUGUAUUAGAUAUUCGACAUUCUUCUAUAAUGAGUGAGAAAACUGUGGCAGCAGAAUAUGAACUAGAAUACUUACUACUGGAAGGACAAUGCUUUGAUAAAGUGACAGAACAGCCUCCUCGGGGUCUGCAGUUCACACUAGGCACAAAAAAUAAACCUGUUGUGGUUGAUACAAUAGUGAUGGCCAAUCAUGGGUAUUUUCAAUUAAAAGCAAACCCAGGUGCUUGGAUACUGAGGUUACACCGAGGAAAAUCUGAAGAUAUUUAUCAAAUAGUUGGGCAGGAAGGAACUGACUCUCAAGCAGACCUAGGAGAUGUCAUUGUUGUAUUAAACAGCUUCAAAAGCAAGAUACUGGAAGUAAAAGUGAAAAAAGAAACAGACAAAAUUAAGGAAGAUAUCCUUACCGAUGAAGAUGAAAAAACAAAAGGACUGUGGGAUUCCAUUAAAAGUUUCACAGUAAGCUUGCAUAAAGAAGACAAAAAGGAAAAAGAUGUCCUAAACAUUUUUUCAGUUGCUUCUUGUCAUUUAUAUGAACGUUUUUUAAGAAUUAUGAUGCUCUCUGUUUUGCGUAACACCAAAACACCAGUGAAAUUCUGGUUGCUAAAAAAUUAUCUCUCACCGACAUUUAAAGAAGUAAUUCCUCACAUGGCUAAAGAGUAUGGAUUCUGAUACGAACUAGUUCAAUAUAGGUGGCCCCGUUGGCUUCGUCAACAGACUGAAAGACAAAGGAUUAUUUGGGGUUACAAAAUUCUUUUCCUUGAUGUUCUUUUCCCACUAGCAGUGGACAAAAUCAUUUUUGUUGAUGCUGUCCAGAUUGUGAGACAUGAUCUAAAAGAACUUCGAGAUUUCGAUCUGGAUGGAACUCCUUAUGGGUAUACUCCAUUUUGUGAUAGCCACAGGGAAAUGGAUGGAUAUCGUUUCUGGAAAACAGGAUACUGGGCAUCACAUCUUUUAAGACGGAAAUACCAUAUCAGUGCUUUAUAUGUAGUGGAUCUCAAGAAGUUCAGGAGAAUUGGAGCAGGUGACAGGCUCAGGAGCCAGUACCAAGCUCUCAGUCAAGAUCCAAACAGUCUUUCAAACCUAGAUCAGGAUCUUAGAAAUUGAGUUAUCUGGUUUAUUAAAUACUCUGAUUCAAGAGGCCAAUAUUGACGUAUAAUCUGGUAAAGAGAAGACAAGGACAUUCUACGUGGUUGUGGGAAGCAGACAGCAGGAGGGAAGGUGGGUAAAAAAAUGUGCUGCAGUAUCCAGUGACCACCUGAAGAGCAGAAGUUUUCCUUCUCCCAAUAACUAGCUAAUUCUUGGUGGGAAUGGUCCACGCUUCAACUUCCCUAGUUUUAGAAACAUUUUUCUUCUUUGUGUUUACUGGAUAUGUGUUAUAAAAUGAUUUAUGUCCUCCCACCUCAAGUCAUAGGUUGAAGCUCUAACCCACAAUGUGAUUACAUUUGGAAAUAGGGCCAGUAGAAAGGUAAAUAGGCACAAAUGAGGUCAUGAGGAUGGAGCUCUAAUCCAAUAGGACUGGUGUCCUUAUAAGAAGAGGAGGAGAUUCCAGACCUCUUUCUCUCUCCACUCACACGCAGCGAAAAAGGCUACACAGUGAGAAGGCAGCUGUCUGCAAGCCAGGAAAAGAGGCCUCAGCAGAAACCAACUCUGCCAGCACCCUGAUCUUGAACUUCCAGGCUUCAGAACUGAGUUUGUGACAACAAUGUGAUAAUCAUAGCUACUGAAAAAACAAAAGGUGAAUUACAAUACACUGGGAAUCUCCUGUAUUGGAUCAGAAACAAACGGAGUCAGAUGCUGCAGAGCCCAGUGAUUGUGUGGAUAUAUACAGAUGACUUAAAGAUUUAAAACUAUUUGGCUUUAAACAGACGGAGUCUCGUUCUGUCGCCCAGGAUGGAAUUGCAAUGGCGUGAUCUCGGCUUACUGCAACCUCCGCCUCCCGAGUUCAAGCAAUUCUCCUGUCUCCGCCUCCAGAGUAGCUGGGAUUACAGGUGAACGCUGCACACCCAGGGUUUCACCAUGUUGCCCAGGCUGGUCUCAAACUCCUGAGCUCAGGGAAUCCACCAACCUCAGCCUCCCAAAGUGCUAGGAUUACAAGUGUGAGUCACUGUGCCCAGCCAAUUCCAUCUUUUAAAGUUGGCUUGUUUCACUAAAAUAUUGUCACUAAAAUAGCCUGUAUACAUAUAGCUUAUCAUAGGGUUUGCAAAUUUAUAUGUCUAUAAAAGCCCUAUGCAAAAGAAAACAAUAUGAUCGAGACAAUAUGGAGUGUUGGGGACUGUGACAAAAUUGGGAACCAUUGCCCUAUCUUGAAGAACCUUCUCCUGCUUAUCUCCAACUGACCUGAAAAAUGUAUGUCCAGCAGAGCUGAGUCUUGUACUUUUAUUUUAAAGGGUACCCUGGAAACACAGAUAUUUAUGCCAAAAUCUUCUAAUUUUUUAAAUACUAUCAACUAACUCUAAGUAAUGUUAAAACACCAUGCUGGUCAAAUGUGAUAUAUUUGCAGGCCAGAUCAAGUCAGCAGUUUGGAACUGCUGACAUAUGUUACUGCAGAAUGUGUUCUGUUCUUCCUCUCUGCUACAUGUCAUUCUACUCCCAAUUACCUUCCACCUUACUCUCUCUGCUCCAAACUUUUUUUUUUUUUUUUGAGAUGGAGUCUCAGUCUGUCACCCAGGCUGCAGUGUAGUGGUGCGAUCUCGUCUCACUGCAACCUCUGCCUCCUGGAUUCAAGCGAUCCUUGUGCCUCAGUCUCCCGAGUAGCUGGGAUUACAGGUACCUGCCAUAAUGCACAGCUAAUUUUUGUAUUUUUAGUAAAGAUGGGGUUUUGCCAUAUUGGCCAGGCUGGUCUCAAACUCCUGACCUCAAGGGAUCCACCCACCUCGGCCUCCCAAAGUACUGGGUUACAGGUGUAAGCCACCAUGCCCAGCCCCAAACUUCUUUUAGCUCCUUGAAUACCCCACUCUCUUUGGAACCUCCAAACUCUUGAGAAUGCUGUUUGUUACCUCUGACUGAAACUCUUUUGUCCUCUCUUCUAUCCUUUGAUCUCUCAAUUGUCACUUCUUCCAAAAAACUUUCUCUGGAAACCUAAGUCUGGGUUAAAUAUGAUGCCUCUGUGUAUUUUUUGAAAAAAAAAAAAAAAAUAGAAGAAACAAAGAAACAAACAAAAAGAGCUAGUUCAUUUGAAUUCAUACAGAACUUUGUAUGCCAAGGUAAAGACUGAAAUUAUUUCUCUACUAGCGGUCCUCAAUCAGGAGGAGGACCUUUGGUGCUUAAGAAAAGUGCAAGGCCAGGCAUGGUGGUUCACACCUGUAAUCCCAGCACUUUGGGAGGCCAAGGUGGGUGGAUCACGAGGUCAGGGAAUAGAGACCAUCCUGGCCAACAUGGUGAAACCCUGUCUCUACUAAAAAUACAAAAAAAAAAAAAAAAUUAGCCAGGUGUGGUGACAUGCACCUGUAGUCCCAGCUACUUGGGAGGCUGAGGCAGGAGAAUGGCUUGAUCCCGGGAGGCAGAGGUUGCAGUAAGCUGAGAUCACAUCACUGCACUCCAGCCUGGGUGACAGAGUGAGACUCUGUCUCAAAAAAAAAAAGAAAGGAAAAAGGUAAAUAUCUGGGUCCCAUCCCCAGAUACAGGACUAGGCCUGAGGCAAAAAACUUAAGGAUACUCCCCAAAACUCAGCAAUCAAGAUAAAUGUUUGGAAGCAACAUUUAAAAAUACCAAAAUUAAUGCAAAAAAUUCCAUAAUAAACAAAAUACCAAAUUUUUAAUAAAGACAGAAUAGUUGUUACUGAUAUCUCCCAUUAAGUUCCAACAUGACUUGGUAUAACAUUUCUUUAAAUUUUGAUAUUUUGUUAAUUAUGGAUUUUGUAUUCAAUUUUAUAUUUUAAAAUAUUUCAUUAAAUUGGUAUUUAUCUUGAGCAAUGAAGUUUUGAAGUACCCUUAAAUUUUGUGCCUGAAGCAAGUGCCUCCCUUGCCUUACCCUAGCCCUGGUCCUAUUCAAGUAUAGCAUAAGAAUUUACAGUAGUAGUACAUUUCCACUUCUCCACUCCCAGCCUUUGUAGUAAUGUUGUCAUUCAUUUUAUUUAUUUAGUUAUUUUUUACAUAAUUAUAAAUUCAUACUAUGCUAUCAUUAUUUUUAUUUAUACUGGCAAUUGUCUUUUAAGGAGAUUUUAUAUAUUUACCUCUAUAGUUAGCACUGGGCUACAGAUUCCUUUGUAUAGAAACACAUUUCCCUCUCAUAUCAUUUUUCUUUUGCCUAAAGUAUGCCCUUUAACAUUCUUGUAGUGCAGAACUGCAAAGUGUAAAUUUUUGCAGCUUUUGUGUGUUAAAAAUAAAUCUUUAUAAAUAAUAUUUUUUGUGCAUAUAGAAUUAUGGAUUGACAGGAUUUUUCCCCCACUCCGUGCUUUAAAGAUGUCCCACUGUCUUCUCACUUACAUUAUUUCUGAUGAGAAAUGUGCUAUAAAUCUUGUAUUUGUUCUACUAUACCUAAUAUCCUUUUUUACUAUGCCUUUAUUAAAGAUUUUUAUCCUUA